AUGGUGGAGAUGCUUUCCAGGAAUACGAUGAUUGAGGGCGAUUCUCAAAGUUCUCAAUACACGACUACGACCGACAGUACUAUCCCUGGACCAGGUGCAUUGGGAGGCAAAGCAAUAAAGGCCCUGGGCAAGUUAACGAUACGAGGUAUCGAUCGGGUGAUUAUCAAUGCGCGCCUACGAUCGAUCACUUCGAAGUUCCCUCAUAGCAAUGAGCAAGCACUUGGAAUCAAAGGUAUUAGGGAGAUGUACAACGUUAUUCUAGAGCUUUGCAGGUCGGGCAUGUAUAACGACGAAUUAAGAGCGAAAGCACUUCAACUCCUCGUCGUUCAAAUCAAACAAGGACAAGUACAACUCCUUGUAGAAGCUUUGGCAAGAUGGCACCUUAUUGAAUUGGAACUUCUUCUGCCUGAAAUUGUGGACAUUAUAAUACCUUACCGGCGACAACCUUGGGGCCGAAACAGGCUCGCUCCAGAAAUCCGCGAUCAUGUCCUCUGUGAUCUUACGAUCGUUAGACAUCCUUCAAAAACUCAGCUACGACUGCAAAAAGUUAUCGACGAGGCCAAAGAUCAAGACCAAGCACUUCGUACUGCUUACAGCCAAUACUUCGACCCCGUGUUAUCCUUUUUAUCGCAAGUUGCAGCAAUCAACACCAAUACAUGCAAAACGGUCCUUCAAGCUGGAUUUUUGGAUCUCCUGUUGUUGGUACAAAAAGGCAAGCUAGAUCAACCCAAACUCGUUACACCUGCAGUAGAAGAAAAGAUCUUAAAUGUGGUCCUGAACGAGAUACUCAAUGGCCGAAUUAAUCACGUCAUUGAAGCAUUAUCAAAGUGGAAUAUCGGUGACUUGAAGUCUUUGGUCAUGCAACUGCAAGCAAAUACUCCAAUAAGCCGUGUUCUGCUUCGACACAUUGGACAACCUUCUCCACUCGAACAAAACAUCACCUUUUUGUUCCGAAUCGUUGAGUUGGGGAAACCUCACCUUCAUAUUGUUCUCGAUGCCGGGUUUUUGGACAUGAUACCCACGGCACAUGAAAACAAACUGAGAAUCAAUGAUAACAGGUUAAUCUCAAUCAUUUUCGAAGUACUGAAAUCUAACUCUGGGUUGAAAGACCAUCGACCCAAAGCACUCGAUAUACUCAUUCGCUACAUAAUCGAGCGUAAAACGACUCACAUCCUUUCCAUGCUAUCCAGAUGGGGCCACAAAGAUCGCGAAGAUGUGAUCGUCGCCGUUUUUCAACGCGCCGGACCAGUGGGCUUUGGAACAGAAGGGCCAUUUGGCCCAAGGAAACAGGUCUUUCACAGUCGAGAUGGGUUGUACCAUUUUGACCAGGACAAAGUAAUUUCUGUCAUGAUAUUCGCUGGAGAAGUGGCUAGUCUGAGUGAUGGCGCCUUUCAUGCUGUCGUCAACGCAGGGAUGCUUGACGCCCUUUUAGUCAUACAAUCGCACGACCUAUCAGUUCAUAGGCUUGAUGAACCAUACAAUAUCAUUUUGGGAGUAUUGAGGUACGCCAUACGUUUCACAAUGUUCAUCAUCGCCUACACGUUUGCUCAAGCCAACAGCAGAUUAGGAGUCUUUGGAAAUAAAAUCCGCAAAAAAGCAAUUGACCUGCUUGUUUUCCAAGUGUGUCGAGGCGAAGCUCGAUACAUGCUAAAGAUCAUGUCCAAGUGGAAACUCGACGAGCUAAACCGCUUGAUUUGGGAGAUUUCCGCGCAAUUCCCCCCACUGAGCAAUCGCCGUGCGCUGGAGGACCUUUUUUCCCGACCCCCUGAAACUCAAUCACUUUCUACUCUGUAUCUGCAGCGAUUACUUUCCUUCUUGUCUGGGAUUGCACAAAUUAGCGAAGCCGCAAGUCAAGUCGUUUUCCAGACAGGGUUCAUGGACCUGUUACUUGCCCUGCAAAAAGAUAAAAGUGGCCAGAACGAUUUUGAAGAGUUGGAUGAUCUGAUUCUGAGCAUUUUGCAGAAACCUCAAUUAUACGAAGAUAAAACUAAGAAAAAAGCGAUGGCCUAUAUAUCUCUGCAGACUGAAAAAGAAGCAACGCAUAUGUAUAAGGUUAUUGGGAAGCGUAGCAUAUCAGAGCUGGAACUCAUCAUAGCUGGGAUGCUGGAACACUUCAAUCUUGGAGGACGCCUUGCCUUGAACUCGUCUGCUCUUAGGGACCCUGCAAUCGACCCAAAACAUUUGGCGUCGCUCAACGCCUGCGUGAUGAUCUUUUCUAAAGUAAUUCUAAAACAUCGGUUUGCAUUUCAGGCUCUCAUCAACGCGGGCAUCUUGGAUCUCUUGCUUGCCAUCCAAUCUCGACAAUGCAGCAUAGAUGGCAUCAAACACAUAUAUGAUAUCAUACUCACCUCGGUGUAUAUGGAGAGCGUCAGCGACAAAGCUUUAAAAAUUAUCUCUUACCAGGUUAUGAACCAGUCAACUUGUUUGCUGGAAACGCUGCAGCAAUAUGCGGACCAGGAGUUCCAAAUCAUAGCCCCUGUAGUGCUACAGGGCUUGAAGAAUGCACUUUCCGUGCAUGAAGGACAUAUCACACCCUGUCCAGGACCGAACAAGAAAUCGUUAACGAAUUGCAUCGUGUUCCUUCACAGACUUUCCACCAUCAACACCGCCACAUUUAACCAUCUUCUGAACGCUGGGUUGGUCGAUCUAUUCCUCAAGAUUGAUCGGGUAGGAAUACCUGUGGCCGCUCUCAAUGACUUGUACUCCAUGCUGCUUGAAUAUGCAAGGCCGAAUGCAUACGAUCCUGAUAUCACCGCUCGUGUCCUCGAUUAUGUGAAGAUCAGAGUAGAAACUGAUAGAUCGCACUUCUUCAUGAGAGCGCUUGAAAGAUUGGACCCCCCGAUUCAGAACAACAUCAUAAAAGAUCUAGUAUAUCGCUCUCGGGCGCUCUGGUCGGGAUGCCCUCCAUCUUCACUCGGAAAAAAGAAAUUAGGGGAUAUGUGGAUCUCCUUUGUCCACUCAAUUUCUGCGAUCUGUCGUCUAAGCUCAUCAGCAUGCCAAAUCGUCCUUGAACAGGACAUUCUCGAUGCGCUCUACUUUAUUUCCGAAAACGUAGAGCAGAUGCCAGUAACAAACCAGGUCGGUGUAGACAAAGUGGUCGUUCGUCGAGUCAUCGAUACUUUUCUUCUUGACGUCAUCGCAUAUCCUGAGCACCGUGACACAGUUUUCCACCAUCCCGUUUAUCCCCCAUUACCAGAACCCAAGCGACCAGAAGCCAAAACGGUGUGCACAAUACCCUCGGUCGAAUGGGUGUCACAAAUCGACAUCGUCCUCAUGUUUACAACCAUCAAGACGAGUCAACAGUUCCAAUACCUGUAUUUCACAUUACUGCCAUGUGCGACAUCAGAUGCGAGCACUGCAGAAGUUCGUCAGUAA